CCCCCUUUCCCUUCUCCUCCUCCUCCUCUGCCUCCUAGAGCGAGACCGCAAUAUGGAGCCUGAGGACCUGCCGUGGCCCGGCGAGCUCGAGGAGGAGGAGGAGGAGGAGGAGGAGGAGAAAGAGGCGGAGGAGCCGGAGGAGCCGGCGAACCUGGGCUCAGAAAAGGUGGUGAUGGUGGAGGAGGUGGAGGAGGAGCAGAGGAGGCGGGAGCUGGACUCGGACUCUAACUGUGAGAGCCCUCCUCGGGAGAGUACGGACGAGGAGGACGACGAAGAGGCCGAGGCCUGGCUGCAGGCGCACCCCGCUGGGCCUCUGCCUCCGUCCUCGCUGUCGCGGCACCGCUUCUCGGAGAACCAGCAGCCCGGCCGCGAGCAGGUUGUCCCAUUGACACAUCAUGUAUGGCAAGAGUCAUCAUAUCAAGGCAAUAGUGGAACACAGAUUUCUGAUACUAAUGUGGUCUUUGUGGAAAAAACAGCUUGGUGGGGGUGUAGGAAUGAUCAGAGAACAGAAUCUUGGCAUUAUCCUCCGCAAGAAAUGGACUCUUCCCACACUUUGGAUACAACCCAGACCAGGUUUAAUAUGAGAGAGGAAGGGACCGAAGUGACAGACUUCCCCUCUGUGGAGGAAGGUAUACUGACCCAACCAGAAAAUCAAGUAAAGAAAUCCAAGAGAGAUCUCUUAUGUUCGCCACUGCUAGUCAUACAAGACAACUUUGCUUCUCCUGAUUUGCCUUUGCUGACAUGCUUGACACAAGAUCAAGAGUUUGAGUCUGAUUCCUUAUUUCAACCCAGUGAACUAGAAUUUGUACCUCUGAGGGGAAUUCCUGGUAAGUCUGAAGAUACUGAAUGGUUUUCUCGGCCGUCGGAAGUUAGUGAAGCUUUAUUCCAGGCAGCCUCAGAAGUAGCUUCAGACUUAGGUAACAGUUGUAUUACUGUAUCUCAGCACUCACUUAUAGCUAGUACAGCUGUUGAGUCUCAGCACUCUUUUUUACCUCUUGAACAAGGGACUAAAGAAGAGACUAUUUCGUCUGAUACAGUCGAUGAACUGAAAACCCCCAAAGACUUUGAUAGUUAUGAUGCUCUUUGUUCCUAUAUGACAUGGAAGACACAAGAAGUUCAGGAGCCAGAAACCAGUUUAACUGAUGAAGGUCAAGCUUCUGUUUCAACCUCAUCUUAUACAAGUGAUGAAUACAUGACUCCUGAAGGAAGUGACAGUUUUGAUGCUUCUUGUUCGUAUGUGCAGUUUUGGAAACAGAAAGCUUUACAGCAGUCAGAAAAAUAUUUAACCAAGGGCCUGCAGGGGAAGGCUGAAUCUGGCACCUAUACUCUAGAUGAUGAUACUGAAUGCUGUAACCUAGAUGAGAAUGCUGUUGUAUGCAGUACAAGAGUUGAUGAUCUACAAAGAGAGAUAUGUGAACAAGGUGACUUGACUAGUGAAUGCAUUGAGCUAGCAAGUUUAAAAAAUGUGCUUGAUGAUCUAGAGGUUUGUGACAGCUCCCUGGACUGGGAAUCUGACUUACAACUGCCAUCUAAGGAAGAGAGUGAUUUUGAAGAGCCCGUAGGUCAUUCUAAUACGGACAUUAAUCAGCCUUUUUCAUCUAUAUUGCCUCCAUUUAUUCCUCAUGAGCCAGCCAGAGAGUUGGAGUAUCACUCUUCAGAUCUCAGAAUGUUGAGAGUAUCUCCUGACACUGUGCAAAAGACUCUCGAACAUUCAGCAGGAGAUACUUCUAAAGGAGGCAUAGCUGAAAUUACUCAAUCCAGCUUGAAACCAGGUAUCACUACUACUAGAGAAUCAGAUACUGGAUCUCUAUUAUCCUUGUUCCCUGAGGACUUUCCUCAAUUGGCUUUAAGAUCUCCUCAAGAGAUUACUAUUGGUCAACACUCUGAUACACUCCACCAACAGGAAUUGGUAGGAAGUCAUAAAACUGAAGAGACUCCAAAAGCUCUUAAAGUUGCAGCUGUUCCGGAACCUACUGACCAGAAGACUAGCAUACCUACAGUCCUUCCAGGUUCCUACUCACUUGGAGAGAAACAUUGUAUUUUCUACCCUCAGACCUUGCCAGAGAGUCAUCUAACUGAAGAGGCUGUAAGAGUUUCGGCUUUUUCUGGUCUUGCUGACCAGAAGACUGACAUACCUACAGUCCUUCCAAGUUCCUAUUCGCUCAGAGAAAAGCACAAUAUCUUUUACCAACAGGCCUUGCCAGACAGUCAUCUAACUGAAGAGGCUGUUAGAGUUUCAGCUGUUCCUGGUCCUGCUGACCAGAAGACUCGCAUACAUAUAGUCCUUCCAGGUUCCCACUCACUUGGAGAGAAGCACAAAAUCUUCUGCCAACAGGCCUUGCCAAACAGCCAUCUAACUAAAGAGACUCUAAAAGUUUCAGCUGUUCCUGGUCCUGUUGAACAGAAGAGUGUAAUACCUAUAGUCCUUCCAGGUUCCUACUUACUUGGAGAGAAACGUAAUAUUUUCCACCCUCCGACAUUGCCAGAGAGUCAUCUAACUGAAGAGGCUGUAAGAGUUUCGGCAGCUGUUCCUGGUUCUGUUGACCAAAAGACUGGCAUACCUACAGUCCUUCCAGGUUCCUUUUCACUUGGAGAGAAGGCCAGUAUCUUUCACCAACAGGCCUUGCCAGAGAGUCAUCUAACUAAAGAGGCUCUAAGAGUUUCAGCUGUUCCUGGUCCUAUUGACCAGAAGACUGGCAUACCUACGGUCCUUCCAGGUUCGUACUCACUUGGAGAGAACUGUAAUAUAUUCCAACCUCAGACUUUGCCAGACGGUCAUCUAACUGGAGAGGCUGUAAGAGUUUCAACUGUUCCUGGUCCUGUUGAUCAGAAGACUGGCAUUCCUACAGUCCUUUCAGGUUCCUACUCACUUGGAGAGAAACGUAAUAUUUUCCACCCUCAGACUUUGCCAGGCAUUCAUCUAACUGAAGAGGCUCAAAGAGUUUUGGCUGUUCCUGGUCCUGCUGACGAGAAGACUGGCAUACCUACAGUCCUUCCAGGUUCCUACUCACUUGGAGAGAAACGUAAUAUUUUCCACCCUCAGACUUUGCCAAGCAUUCAUCUAACUGAAGAGGCUCAAAGAGUUUUGGCUGUUCCUGGUCCUGCUGACGAGAAGACUGGCAUACCUACAGGCCUUGCAGGUUCCUACUCACUUGGAGAGAAGCGUAAUAUUUUCUACCCUCAGACCUUGCCACAGAGUCAUCUAACUGAAGAGGCUCUAAAAGUGUUGGCUGGUCCUGGUCCUGUUGAUCAGAAGACUGGCAUACCUACAAUCCUUCCAGGUUCCUACUCACUUGGAGAGAGACGUAAUAUUUUCCACCCUGAGAAUUUGCGAGACAGUCAUUUAACUGAAGAGGCUCUAAGAGUUUCAGGUGUUCCUAGUCCUGCUGACCAGAAGACUGACAUACCUGCAGGCCUUGCAGGUUCCUACUCACUUGGAGAGAAGCGUAAUAUUUUCUACCCUCAGACCUUGUCACAGAGUCAUCUAAUUGAAGAGGCUAUAAGAGUUUCUGCUUUUCCUGGUCCUGCUGACCAGAAGACUGGCAUACCUACAGGCCUUGCAGGUUCCUACUCACCUAGAGAGAAGCAUAAUAUUUUCUACCCUCAGACCUUGCCAGAGAGUCCUCGAACAGAAGAGGCUCUAAGAGUUUCAGCUGUUCCUGGUCCUGUUGACCAGAAGACUGGCAGACCUACAGUCCUUCCAGGUUCCUACUCACCUGGAGAGAAGCAUCAUAUUUUGCACCCUGAGACUUUGCCAGACAGUCAUCUAACAGAAGAGUCUCUGAAAAUUUCAACUGUUCCUGUACCUACUGACCAGAGGACUGAGAAAAUAAUAGUACCCUCUGCUUCCCUUUCACAAAGAGAGAAGCAUGUUAUUUUCUCUCAACAACAGUUGUCAGACGGUGAUCUAACUGCACAGGUUCUGAAAGCUUCAGUUGCUCCUGGACCAGCUGAUCAAAACAUUGGACUACCUACAUUAUCUUCAAGUUCCUACUCACUUGGAGAGAAGCACUGUAUCUGUUACCAACAGGCCUUGCUAGAUAGUCAUUUAAUUGAACAGGCUCAGAAAGUUGCAGCUGUUCCUAGACCAGCUGAUCAGAAGACUAGGAUACCUUUGGCAUCAUCUACUUCUUACUUACAGGGAGAGAGACCCCAUAUUUUCUGUCAACAGACAUUGCCAGAAAGUGAUCUAACUGAACAGGCCUUGAAAUAUUCUGCUCCUGGAUCUGCUGAGCAGAAGACUGGAAUACCAACGUUAACCUCUACUUCUUAUUCACAUAGAGAGAAGUCCAGUAUAUCCAACCAACAGGAGUUGCCAGAUAGUCCUCUAGCUGAACAGGCUCCUAAAGUUCCAGCUGUUCCUGGACCAGCUGAAAAAAAGAGUGGGUCACUAUCAGAAGCUUCUAAUUUCUCCUCACGUAGAGAGAAGCACAGUAUUUUCUACCAACAGGAGUUUCUAGGCAGUUCUCUAAUUGAACCGGCUCAGAAAGUUUCACCUGUUCCGGGUCCUACUGACCAAAAGCCUGAGAUACCAACAGUAACCUCUACUUACUCCCAUGUAGAAAAGCCCUUUAUUUUUUACCCACAGGGCUUACCAGACAGUCCUCUUCCUGAGGAAGCUCUAAAAGUUACAGCUGUUUCUGAACCAACUGACCAACAGACUGGCACACCAGUAGUUCCCUCUUCUUCCUACUCACCUGGAGAGAAACCCAUUAUUUUCUACCCACAGGGCUUGACAGACGUUUAUCUCACUAAAGAGGCUCUGAAAGUUUCAGCCAUAUCUGGAUCAGCUGACUGGAAGACUGGAAUACCAACAGUAUCCUCUACUUCCUACUCAAAUAGAGAGAAACCCAUUAUUUUCUACCCACAGGGCUUGACAGAUAGUCAGCUACCUCAGGAGGCUCUGAACGUUUCAGCCAUUCCUGGACCAGCUGACCAGAAGACUGGGUUACCAUCAGAACCUUCUAGUUCCUACUCACUUAGAGAGAAGCCCAUCAUUUUCUACCCACAGGACUUGACAAAUAGUCAGGUACCUCAGGCGGCUCUGAAAGUUUCAGCCAUUCCUGGACCAGCUGACCAAAAAACUGGGUUACCAUUAGAAGAUUCCAGUUCCUACUCACCUAGAGAGAAGCCCAUUAUUUUCUACCCACAAGGCUUGACAGACAGUCAGCUACCUCAGGCAGCUCUGAAACUUUCAGCUAUUCCUGGACCAGCUGACCAGAAGACUAGGUUACCAUCAGAACCUUCUAGUUCCUACUCAUUUAGAGAGAAGCCCAUUAUUUUCUACCCACAGGGCUUGACAGAUAGUCAGUUACCUCAGGAGGCUCUGAACGUUUCAGCCAUUCCUGAACCAGCUGACCAGAAGACUGAGUUACCAUCGGAACCUUCUACUUCCUACUCACCUAGAGAGAAGCCCAGUAUUUUCUACCCACAGGACUUGACAGACAGUCAGCUACCUCAGGAGCCUCUGAACAUUUCAGCUAUUCCUGGACCAGCUGAUCAGAAGACUGGGUUACCAUCAGAAUCUUCUAGUUCCUACUCACCUAGAGAGAAGCCCAUUAUUUUCUACUCACAGGGCUUGAUAGAUGGCCAGGUACCUCAGGUGGCUCUGAAAGUUUCAGCUACUCCUGGACUAGCUGACCAGAAGACUGGGUUGCCAUCGGAACCUUCUAGUUCCUAUUCACCUAGAGAGAAGCCCAUUAUUUUCUACCCACAGGGCUUGACAGACAGUCAGCUACCUCAGGAGGCUCUGAAAGUUUCAGCUAUUCCUGGACCAGGUGAUCAGAAAACUGGGUUACCAUCAGAACCUUCUAGUUCCUACAAGCCCAGUAUUUUCUACCCACAGGACUUGACAGAUAGUCAGCUACUUCAGGAGCCUCUGAACAUUUCAGCUAUUCCUGGACCAGCUGAUCAGAAGACUGGGUUACCAUCAGAAUCUUCUAGUUCCUACUCACCUAGAGAGAAGCCCAUUAUUUUCUACUCACAGGGCUUGAUAGAUGGCCAGGUACCUCAGGUGGCUCUGAAAGUUUCAGCUACUCCUGGACUAGCUGACCAGAAGACUGGGUUGCCAUCAGAACCUUCUAGUUCCUAUUCACCUAGAGAGAAGCCCAUUAUUUUCUACCCACAGGGCUUGACAGACAGUCAUCUACCUCAGAAGGCUCUGAAAGUUUCAGCUAUUCUUGGACCAGGUGAUCAGAAAACUGGGUUACUAUCAGAACCUUCUAGUUCCUACUCACACAGAGAGAAGUCUAAUAUUUUUUACGCACAGGAGUUCCCAGGCAGUCAUCUAACUGAAGAGGCUCUGAAAGUUUCAGCUUUUUCUGGAAUAGGUGAUCAGAAGACUGGGAUACCCACGGUACUUUCAAGUUCCUACUCUCUUGGAGGGAAGCCCAUUAUUUUCUACCAGCAGGCCUUAUCAGAUAGACAUCUCACUGAUGAGGCUCUGAAUGUUUCAGCUUCUUCUGGACCAGCUGACCAGGAGACUGGGAUACCAACAGUAUCUUCUGUUUCUUACUCUCAUAGAGAGAGGCCCAGUAUUUUGUACCAACAGCCCUUCUCAGACAAUCAGUUGGCUAUAGCAGCUCUGAAAGUUUCAGCUGUUUCUGGGUCAGAUGAUCAGAAGACCAGAAAACCAACAAUUACUUCUGCUUCUUACUCAGAGAGAGAGAAGCCAAUCAUUUAUCAUCAACAGUUGCCAGAUCUUACUCAAGAGUCUUUAAAUGUUUUCAGGAUUCCUGGACUAGGUGACCAGAGGACUGGAAUAACAGCAGUAACCUCUACUACUUAUUCACAUAGAGAGAAGCCUGUCAUUUCUUAUCAGCAGGAGUUGCCAGCUCCUAACGAAGGUGCUUUAAAAGUUUUAGGGGCUCCUGGGUCAGCUGACCAGCAGUCUGGGAUACGAUUUGGACCCUCUACUUCCUAUUCACAUAGAAAGAAUCCCAUCUUUUCUUACCUGGAGUCUCCAGAUAUUACUGAAGAAACUCUGAAAAUUUCAGCUGUUUCUGGACCAGGUGACCAGAAGACUGGGAUACAUAUAAUUCCCUCUAGUUCCUACUCAUAUAGAGAGAAGGACAGUAUUUUUUACCAGGAGGAGCUGCCAGAUGUUACUGAAGCAGCUUUAAAAGUUUUUGCUCUUCCUGGACCUGCUGACCAGAAGACUGAGAUACCAAUAGGACCUUCUAGCUCUUACUCACAUGAAGAGAAACUGAAGAUUUCACCUGUGAUUUUACCAGAUGACCAGGAGACUGAAUUACUAACAGCUCCCCUUAGUUUCUACUCAAAAAGAGAAAAGCCCAAAAUUUCAACUGUGAUUGGAUCAGAUAACCAGAAGACUCCAUUACUGACAGUUCUUCAUAAUUCCUAUUCUCAGAAAGUAAAGCCCGGUAUUUUCUUACAACAUCAGCUGUCUGAUAAACAUCAAAGUGAGAAUAUUUUGAAGAUUUCAGCUGUCUCUGAACCAAUUGAUGUGAAUUCUGGGAUACCAAUAUCUCUUUCUAGUUCCUAUUCCCACAGAGAGAAAUCUAAUAAUUUCUACCCACAGGAAUUGCCAGACAAACAUCUAGGGAAAGGUGCACUGAAGGUUUCAACAAUUCCUCUACCAGCCGACCAGAAAAGUCUGUUACCAACUGCUCCGAGUUCCUUUUCACACAGAGAACAACCAGAUAUUUUCUGUCAACAGGAUUUUCCAGAUAGACACCUAACACAGGAUGCUCUGAUGUUCUCGAGUGGUGUUGGGCAAGCUGAUCAGAUUACUGGGUUAUCCACAGUUACCCCUGGUACUUAUUCAUAUAGUGAGAAGCAGAAGCUAGUUUCAGACCAUGUUCAAAUGCUAAUAGAUAAUUUAGAUUCUUCUAACUCCAGUGUUACCUCAAACAGUAUGCCUUUAAAUUCUCAGGCUGAUGGUAGAGUAAUAAUAAGUAAGCCAGAAUCUUCAAGUUUUGAAGAUGUUAGGUCUGAGGAAAUUCAAGAUAGAAGCAGUGGUUCCAAAACUCUUAAAGAGAUUCGGACCCUUUUAAUGGAGGCAGAAAAUAUAGCACUGAAACGAUGCAAUUUUCCUGCUCCCCUUGUCCCCUUCAGAGAUGUUAGUGAUAUUUCAUUUAUACAAUCUAAGAAGGUGGUUUGCUUCAAAGAACCUCUCACAGCUGAUGAGUAUAAUGGUGAUUUGCCUCAGAGACAGCCAUUUAUAGAGGAAAGCCCAAGCAACAAGUGCAUACAGAAGGAUAUUAGCACACAGACAAAUCUAAAAUGCCAGAGAGGCAUUGAGAAUUGGGAGUUUAUUAGUUCAACUACAGUUAGAAGUCCUCUACAGGAAGCAGAAAGCAAAGCCAGAGUGACCGUAGACGAAACCUGUCGGCAAUAUAGAGCUGCCAAAUCUGUAAUGAGAUCUGAACCUGAAGGGUAUAGUGGAACCAUUGGGAAUAAAAUUGUUAUACCUAUGAUGACUAUCAUUAAAAGUGAUUCAAGUAGUGAUGCCAGUUCCUGCUCAUGGGACAGUAAUUCACUGGAGUCAGUUUCUGAUGUUCUUCUAAACUUCUUCCCAUAUUCUUCACCCAAGACAAGCCUAACAGAUAGUAGAGAAGAGGGUGUGUCAGAGAGUGAUGAUGGUGGUGGUAGCAGUGUAGAUUCACUGGCUGCACAUGUCAGAAACCUUCUGAAAUGUGAAUCCUCAUUGAAUCAUGCUAAACAAAUACUCAGAAAUGCAGAGGAAGAGGAAUGUCGAGUACGAGCACGAGCCUGGAAUCUGAAAUUUAAUCUGGCUCAUGAGUGUGGGUACUCCAUUUCAGAAUUAAAUGAAGAUGACAGGAGAAAAGUAGAAGAGAUCAAAGCAAAGUUGUUCAGUCAUGAGAGAACAACUGACUUGUCCAAGGGUUUACAGAGUCCACGGGGAAUAGGAUGCAAGCCAGAAGCUGUAUGUAGUCACAUUAUUAUUGAGAGCCAUGAAAAAGGAUGUUUCAGGACUCUAACUGCUGAACAACCACAAUUGGAUAGUCACCCUUGUGUUUUCAGAUCUGCUGACCCCUCAGACAUGAUCAGAGGACAACGGAGUCCAUCAUCAUGGAGAACCAGACACAUCGACCUUUCCAAAUCACUAGACCAGUGUAACCCCCAUUUCAAAGUUUGGAAUUCCUUGCAGUUACGAAGUCAUUCCCCAUUUCAAAACUUUGCAGCUGAUGACUUCAGAAUUAGCCAGGGUCUUCGAAUGCCAUUCCAUGAAAAGAUAGACCCUUGGCUGUCAGAAUUAGUAGAACCUGCUUCUGUGCCACUUGAAGAAAUGGAUUGUCAUUCUUCAUCACAAAUGCUACCCCCUGAACCCAUGAAAAAGUUUACUACUUCCAUCACUUUUUCAUCUCACCGACAUUCUAAAUGCUUUUCAGAUUCCUCUGUUCUUAAGGUUGGUGUUACUGAAGGUAGCCAGUGUACUGGAGCAUCUGUGGGGGUAUUUAAUUCUCAUUUCACUGAAGAGCAAAAUCCUCCCAGAGAUCUAGAACAGAGAACCUCUUCCCCUUCAUCAUUUAAAAUUGUUAGUCAUUCACCAGAUAAAGCUGUGACUAUUUUAGCAGAAAGUAGCAGGCAAAGCCCAAAGUUAUCUGUUGAACAUUCUCAGCAAGAAGAAAAAUUCUUAGAAAGAUCAGAUUUUAAAAGCAGUGACUCUGAGCCCAGUACCAGUACAAAGUGUAGCAAUGUCAAGGAAGUUCAUUUUUCUGAUAACCAUACCUUCAUUAGCAUGAGCAGACCAAGUUCCACACUAGGAGUAAAAGAGAAGAAUGUAACUAUAACUCCAGAUCUUUCUUCGCACAUUAUUCUUGAACAACGACAGCUUUUUGAACAAAGCAAAGCCCCACAUGCAGAUCACCAUGUGAGAAAACACCACUCUCCCCCUCCUCAACAUCAGGAUUACGUAGCUCCAAACCUUCCUUGUCGCAUUUUUCUUGAAAAACAAGAACUCUUUGAACAAAGCAAAGCCCCACAUUUAGAUCAUCAGAUGAGAGAAAACCACUCUCCCUUUCUUCAAGGUCAGGAUUAUAUAGCUUCAGACCUUCCUUCUUCCAUUUUUCUUGAACAACGUCAGCUCUUUGAACAGAGCAAAGCCCCAGAUGUAGAUCACAUGGGAAAAUACCAUUCCCCUCUUCCGCAAGUUCAGGAUUAUGUAGUAGAAAAGAAUAAUCAACAUAAAUUUAAAUCAUACAUUUCUAAUAUGAUAAAUGUUGAAGCCAAGUUCGAUAAUGUGAUCUCCCAAUCAGCCCCAAGUCAGUGUACAUUAGUAACAUCUACAUCUGCAUCUACUCCACCCUCAAAUAGAAAAGCACUUUCUUGUUUUCGUAUAACUCUUUAUCCCAAGACUCCUUCCAAGUUGGAUAGUGGAACCUUAGAUAAAAGAUUUCACACAUUGGAUCCAGCUUCUAAAACAAGGAUGAAUAGUGAGUUUAACUCUGACCUACAAACUAUAUCUUCAAGAUCAUUGGAACCAACCUCCAAAUUAUUGGCCAGUAAACCUAUAGCACAGAAUCAAGAAUCUUUAGGUUUUGUAGGACCUAAAUCUUCACCGGACUUCCAAGUUGUACAGUCUCCUCUUCCAGAUAGUAAUGAUAUUUCUCAGGACUUGAAAAGCAUACUUUUUCAGAAUAGCCAGAUAGUAACCUCAAAGCAAACACAAGUGAACAUUUCAGAUUUGGAAGGAUAUUCCAGUCCAGAAGGGACUCCAGUAUCUGCAGAUCGAUCAUCAGAGGGGAUUAAGGCCCCAUUUUCUGCCUUCCCUGGAAAAUUGUCAUCUGAUGCAGUCACUCAGAUAACAACAGAAAGUCCAGGAAAAACCAUGUUUUCAUCUGAGAUUUUUAUUAAUACCAAAGAUCGUGGACUUGCAAUUUCAGAGCCCAGUACCCAGAAGCUGGGCAAAGGUCCUGUGAAGUUUGCCUCAUCAUCUUCAGUCCAGCAGAUUACUCAUCCUCAUGGCACAGAUGCCCAGCCUUCACUGUUGCCGUAUAAACCUCCUGGUAGUACAAAGAUGUACUAUGUUCCAGAAUUAAGACAAAUUCCUCCAUCUUUGGAUUCCAAAUCAGACACUACCGUUGAGAGCUCACACUCAGGAUCCAAUGAUGCCAUUGCUCCAGAUUUCCCAGCAGAAGUGCUAGGCACAAGGGAUGAUGACCUCACAGUCCCUGCUAACAUUAAACAUAAAGAGGGGAUCUACAGUAAGAGGGUGGUGCCUAAGGCAUCCUUGUUAGUAGGACGAAAAACCCCUCAGAAAGAUAAUGCAGAUGCCCAAGUUCAGGUUUCCAUCACUGACGAUGAGAACCUCUCAGACAAAAACCAGAAAAAGGAAAUCUACACUAAAAAGGCAGUGACUAAGGCUGCCCAACCUGAAGAAGAAUCUUUGCAGAAAGCCUCUAAAGGUUCCAGCGAUGCUGCUGCUGCAGAGCACUCAGCUCGACUACAAGACAUAAAGCUUGAAAGUCUGCCAGACACUAAAGCCAUUAAACAGAAAGAGGAGAUCCUUAAUAAGAGGACAUUUCCUAAGGAAGCCUGGAAAGAAGAUAAGGAAUCCUUGCAGAUAGAUAUUGCAGAGUCCAGAUGUCAUUCAGAAUUUGAAAAUACUACCCAUUCUGUCUUCAGGUCAGCCAAGUUUUACUUUCAUCAUCCUGUGCACCUACCAAGUGAUCAAGAUUUUUGCCAUGAAUCCUUAGGGAGGAGUGUUUUCAUGAGGCAUUCUCUGAAGGAUUUCUUUCAGCAUCAUCCAGACAAACAGAGAGAACACACCAGUCUUCCUUCCCCUCGUCAAAAUGUGGAAAAGACAAAGACAGAUUAUACCAGAAUAGAGAGCCUCAGUAUCAAUGUAAACUUGGAAAACGAUGUGAUGCAUACUGCUAAAAGUCGGGCUAGAGAUAAUCCAAAGAGUGACAAACAACUUAAUGAUCAAAAAAGGGAUCAUAAGGUCACCCCAGAGCCAACAGCUCAGCACACAGUGAGUUUGAAUGAACUCUGGAACAGGUAUCAGGAGCGACAGAGGCAACAGAGGCCUCCCCAGUUUGGUGAUAGGAAAGAACUUUCCUUGGUGGAUCGACUGGAUCGUUUGGCUAAACUUCUUCAGAAUCCCAUCACAUAUUCUCUCCGGACCUCUGAAAGCACACAAGAUGAUAGCAGAGGAGAAAGAGAUGUUAAGGAAUGGAGUGGUAGACAGCAACAGCAGAAAAGCAAGCUUCAGAAAAAGAAGCGGUAUAAAAGCCUAGAGAAAUUUCAUAAAAACGCAGGAGAGCUUAAAAAAAGUAAGAUGCUUUCUACUCAUCAAGCUGGAAAAUCCAAUCAGAUUAAAAUUGAACAGAUUAAGUUUGAUAAGUAUAUCCUGAGAAAACAGCCAGAUUUUCACUACAGAAACAACACUUCUUCAGAUUCUAGACCCUCAGAGGAGAGUGAGCUGCUCACAGAUACUGCCACCAACCUCCUUUCCACCACCACUUCUCCUGUGGAAUCAGAUAUAUUGACCCAAACAGAUAGAGAGGUGACCUUGCAGGAGAGGAGUAGCUCCAUCUCCACCAUUGACACUGCCCGACUGAUCCAAGCUUUUGGCCAUGAGAGAGUUUGUCUGUCACCCAGGCAAAUUAAGUUAUACAGCAGCAUCACUGACCAUCAGAGGAGAUACCUUGAGAGGCGGAGCAAGAAGAACAAGAAAGCAUUGAAUAUGAAUCAUCCCCAAAUGACUUCUGAGCACACCAGAAGGAAACACAUCCAGGUGGCAGACCAUGUGAUUUCUUCUGACUCUGUUUCAUCUUCUACCAGUAGUUUCUGGAGCUCAAGCUCUACCCUUUGCAACAUGCAAAAUGUACAAAUGUUAAACAAAGCCGUACAAGCAGGUAACUUGGAGAUCGUGAACGGUGUCAAAAAACACACUCGUGAUGUUGGGAUGACUUUCCCAACUCCAAGUUCUAGCGAGGCUAGGAUAGAAGAGGACAGUGACAUGACUUCUUGGUCAGAAGAAAAAAUAGAAGAGAAAAGACUUCUCACCAAUUAUCUUGGGGACAAAAAGUUAAGGAAGAACAAACACAGUUGCUGUGAAGGAGUAUCAUGGUUUGUUCCUGUGGAAAACGUGAAGUCUGAACCUAAGAAGGAAAACCUACCCAAGCUUCAUGGCCCUGGUAUCUGCUGGUUUGCACCAAUAACCAACACCAAACCAUGGAGGGAACCUCUACGGGAACAGAACUGGCAGGGACAGCACGUGGAUGGCCACAGGCCACUAGCAGGCCCAGACAGAGAGCGACUGAGGCCAUUUGUGAGAGCAACCCUACAGGAAUCCCUUCACCUUCACAGACCUGACUUCAUCUCCCGCUCUGGGGAGCGGAUAAAGCGUCUGAAGCUGAUAGUCCAGGAGAGGAAGCUGCAGAACAUGUUGGAAAGUGAGCGAGAGGCACUGUUCAAUGUUUCAAGAGAAUGGCAGGGCUACCGGGACCCCACACACCUGCUCCCGAAGAAAGGUUUCCUGGAUGCCCGAAAGAGCAGGCCUAUUGGGAAGAAGGAAAUGAUUCAGAGGUCUAAACGAAUUUAUGAGCAGCUUCCAGAAGUGCAGAGAAAGAGAGAAGAGGAAAAGAGGAGAUUGGAAUAUAAGUCAUACCGGCUGCGAGCUCAGCUAUUCAAGAAGAAAGUGACCAAUCAACUCUUGGGGAGAAAAGUUCCCUGGAACUGAUAAAAGAUUAUUUUCCUCAGAAUCUUGGAAUUAUAUUUUAUCAACCUGAAGAAGCACAAUCCUUACUUUUAUGAGUCUGGUUUAAUAAAACUUAACUCGUUGUCCAUGUGUAAUUUAGAAGUAGUAACCUGAAGAGUCUGAGACCGAUUGGUGAUUAAGAUUAUUAAUGGUUUGGUAGCAGUACUUUCUCCACAGUGGCCCUGCCCACAGGAAUGUUUGUCACAAUGAUAUCAUUUCUGAACUCUGGCCACAAAUAAGUCCCUUUUUGUAUGUGUUUUUACAGUUUUAGAAAAUAAAUAACUUUUGAUUGAUUCAUAGUA